GCAUUUUGCAUCUUAUAAACUUCUCAAACACCACAACACCACACCAUCUCUCUUCUCUCUAAUUUUCUUUUUUUUGCCCCUCUUCCAAAAUGAAUGCAGAUGAGGCUAAUAACAAUGACCAAAAAACACCACUUCUCCCAGUUCAUAGGUCACAAAGUACGAAUUCAUUUAUUCGAUCUAAUUUUUCACUUAAAAAUUUAUUCACCCUUCUAGGACCUUUACUAUGUACAAUUAUUUGCUUAUUUGUGAAAAUGGAUAAUGCUCCAACUACUAGUACAAAUAUGUUGGGAGUUCUUGCAUGGAUAUUUACAUGGUGGUUAGCAGAGGCGGUACCGAUGCCAAUAACUUCCAUGUCGCCGUUAUUUCUCUUCCCCUUGUUCGGAAUUUCGUCGGCUGACGACGUUGCACAUUCGUAUAUGGAUGAUGUUAUUGCGCUUGUACUUGGAAGUUUCAUACUUGCUCUUGCUGUUGAACAUUAUAAUAUCCACAGAAGAUUGGCCUUAAAUAUAACGCAAUUAUUCUGUGGGGACCCAAUGAAUCCACCGCUUCUCCUCUUGGGGAUCUGCGCCACUACAUUCUUCAUCAGCAUGUGGUUGCACAAUGUGGCAACCACCGUGAUGAUGAUGCCGGUGGCCACCGGCAUCUUAUCCCGAUUGUCAUCCGGUGGUGGCAGCAGCCACCGGAAUCAACCGAGUAAUUCGGACGAGCUAGUCACCAAAUUUUGCAAAGCGGUUGUUUUAGGGGUUGUAUACUCUGCAUCAAUUGGAGGAAUGAGUACUUUGACCGGGACAGGUGUCAACUUGAUAUUGGUUGGAAUGUGGAAGAGUUAUUUUCCUCAUGAAGCGCCUUUAAGUUUCAACACUUGGUUUUUCUUUGCUUUUCCUUUGGCUUUGGUGAUAUUUUUGGCAUUGUGGGGUACUCUUUGCUUAUUGUACUGUAGGAAGGGAUCAAGUAGAUCACUUUCUGCUUAUUUGGACAAAGCUCAUUUGAAGAGGGAGCUUGAAUUAUUAGGUCCCAUGGCUUUUGCUGAAAAGAUGAUUUUAACAGUUUUUUCGAUUCUAAUAGUGUUGUGGAUGACAAGAAGUAUUACUGAAGAUAUUCCUGGAUGGGGAUCCCUCUUUGGUGGACGUGCUGGUGAUGGAACUGUUAGUGUGAUGAUGGCAACCUUAUUGUUCAUAAUUCCAAACAAGAAGCAGCCAGGGGAGAAGCUAAUGGAUUGGAACAAAUGCAAGAAAUUGCCAUGGAACAUAAUUCUUCUAUUAGGGGCAGGUUUUGCCAUAGCUGAUGGAGUUAAGUCAAGUGGUCUAGCUGAUGUACUCUCAAGAGCCCUAGAUUUCUUGGAAGACGCUCCCUACUUAGCCAUCGCACCAGCUGUCUGUUUAAUAAGUGCGACCCUCACCGAGGUCAUCACGUCGAACAAUGCCACGACGACAAUUAUGCUCCCAUUGCUCGUCGAGAUCGCUAAAAAUAUGCGUAUUCAUCCUCUCCUACUCAUGAUCCCGGGAGCCAUUGGCGCACAGUUAGCUUUCUUGCUCCCCACAGCGACGCCCUCGAAUGUUGUAGGGUUUACUACAGGGCAUAUUGAUGUUAGAGACAUGAUCCAAGCUGGAUUUCCAUUGAAAGUUGCUGGAAUUGUUGCUCUCUCCUUAUUGAUGCCUAUAUUUGGACCUAUUGCGUUUGGAACUGAUAAACCAGUGAAUAAUGUAUCCAGGAAUUAUUUGCAUUGGUGUGGCUAGUUUAUUUCGUUAAAGAUGGAAAUAUAGAGGGACACAUAAUGCAAGAGGAAGUUAUAUGCAUCAAGAUUGACAGUAUAAAAAUAUUUGCACAAUCAUCUUGAUGUCGAGCUAUCUACAUGAUUUAUCCUAAGAGGAAUGAAUCAUCGUGGAAUAGAAGAAGCAGUAGUUGUGAAAUAUCAUAUUUUGUUUGCCUCUUAGCUAUUUUCUUUUUCAUAUGUUGAAGUAGUUAUUGUAUAUAGGCUUUUUUGGUCCAAGAAAUAUAUAUAUGGAGUGUAAUUUUAUAUUUAAAAUUUGUAAUUCAAAUACUUAAUAGAGUCAUUAUUUGUCGGGA